AUGGUACAACCAAAGAUCGCUCUCCGUCUUAAAUCGGUUCAUUACGAUUACUUUGAAGAAGAUUUGUUCGGAUCCAAGAGUGAUCUUCUUCUCAAAUCGAACCCGGUCCACAAGAAAGUCCCGGUUCUCAUCCACAACACUCAACCGGUUCUCGAGUCCCUCAACAUCGUUGAGUACAUCGACGAGACCUGGAACUCAUCUGGACCGUCCAUUGUCCCUUCCCAUCCUCAUGAUUGCGUCUUCUGA